GCUAUAAUAAGAAUAAAAACGGUAAAUGCUUCCAAGAACCUCAAAUGCAAAAUGGCUGAGAAAGGAGAAGAAUCUUCUAAGCCUGUAGAGAAAUAUGAGGUUGUGUUUGAUGAGGCAACUGGUCUUAAGCACUACCCAUUCCCCCUGGAGCAAGUGCCACGCCUUCAUUGGGACGAUCCCACGGCAGAUCAUCUCAUGACCCAUGAGAUGCCUGUAGUACUGACGGGGACAGAGCUAGUGGAACCAGCCCUGAGAUGGACACUACCUUACCUGGAGGACAACAUUGGCUCAAGCAAACACACAGUCUAUAUAUCCAAGACCAAAAAAUUCCUCUACUUUGAUGACAAAAAGGUGAACAACGUACCUGACUUCAGAGAACCUAUGAAAAAAAGAGAAUGGACAUUCUCUAAGUUUGUAGACGAGCUCAAAGGUCACAUAGAUCGUACCGACGAAUAUCUGUAUUACCAGGACACUUUGACAGAUACUGUGGGUACUAGCAUAAAGCACGAUUUUGUGCACUUUAACUGGAGAUGGUUAAACGACCGGAAAAAGCGUUACAAUUGGGGUCAGCUGACUACUAACUUGCUUCUGAUUGGUCAGCCUGGGAAUAUAUCACCUUGUCAUUAUGAUGAGCAACACAACUAUUUCUGUCAGGUAAUGGGAGAGAAGAGAUGCAUGCUUUUUUCACCCUCCAACUUUGACAAGCUCUACCCCUUCCCAGUAGCACAUCCCUGUGACAGACAGACACAGGUUGAUUUUAACAAUCCUGACUUUGAGAAGUUUCCAAACUUUCGUGAUGUGAAAGGCUACGAAUGUAUGGUAAAACCAGGAGAAGUGCUCUAUAUUCCCAUGUACUGGUGGCAUUGGAUUGAAGGACUGCCCAAGGGAGGCAUCACAAUCUCAAUCACAUUCUGGUACAGGAGCGGUCCUGUGCCCAACAAGAUUCAAUACCCCCUGAAUGACCAGCAGAAGACAGCCAUUACACGAAACAUCGAGAAGAUGCUGCACGAGGCAUUGCAAGACCCAGCAGAGGUUGCUCCAUUAUUACGGAUGAUCGUAGAAGGACGUUACAUCUGACGUUUGAACCUUUUUUUGUCACUCUCAAGAAUGCAUGAACACUGAAUUAUGUGUGUACAUGCAUGUAGGUGUACUGUACUGUAUGUUUUUGUGUCUUAUUUCACUUCAUUUAAACCGCGGCGAAUUAACACAUUAUAAUUAUA